AUGUGUCUGUCUGAUGCUGAAAAAAGGAAAGGUUUUGACUCAAAAAGAUCUAAAAAUUUCUGCUUUGAGAGCAAUAGAAUUCCAUAUACAUCUAAAAAAGUGCAUGUCCCUGGCAAUUCCAAUGGGUCGACACGAUCUUACAAAGUUCGGAGAAAUAUUAAAGACAUGAUAGAAAUGUUGAAGGAGGAGGCUAAGGUUAUAGAGAAGUGUCUCCGAGCAAAUUUGAUGUCAAACAAAGAGUCUCCACUGUACAAUCCUGCAGAUUACAGACAUGGAAGCAGAUUUCUGCAUAAAGUUGAGACACAAGUUCCUGUUUUCAAUCCAUUGAAAUACUUGUACCAAGGAUAUCCUCAUCUCAGAGAUCAUGUUCAUCACAAUUGGGAGACAUAUUGGUACUUUGAUACACAAAAUCUUGUGCAGAAUCAGAAGGGAGACGCUAAGUAUGUGUACGUUGAUUGGAAGCAAAUCAAGGGGAAGUUAGAGGUUGAAAGGUUCAUAGUUGAAGUUUUGCGUACUUAG